AUGCCCUUUUCUGGUGUGGCCGGACCCUCUGAGGAAUCGCUCUGGAGCUCGAGGCCAGCCUGCAGGGAAAUGGAGUCGAAGGUCUCCGAAGGCGGCCUGAACGUCACCCUCACCAUCCGGCUGCUGAUGCAUGGCAAGGAAGUUGGAAGCAUCAUUGGAAAGAAGGGAGAGACUGUGAAGAAGAUGCGUGAGGAGAGCGGUGCAAGGAUCAACAUCUCGGAGGGAAACUGCCCUGAGCGAAUCGUGACCAUCACUGGCCCCACUGAUGCCAUCUUCAAGGCUUUCGCCAUGAUCGCCUACAAAUUUGAGGAGGACAUAACCAACUCAAUGAGCAACAGCACUGCUACCAGCAAACCUCCGGUGACACUGAGACUGGUGGUGCCAGCUAGCCAGUGCGGCUCGCUGAUCGGCAAAGGAGGCUCCAAGAUCAAGGAGAUCAGGGAGUCAACAGGUGCUCAGGUUCAAGUGGCGGGGGACAUGCUGCCCAACUCCACGGAGCGGGCGGUGACAAUCUCGGGGACACCCGACGCGAUUAUCCAGUGUGUCAAACAGAUCUGUGUGGUGAUGCUGGAGUCCCCACCAAAAGGUGCCACCAUUCCCUACCGCCCAAAGCCCGCCUCCACCCCUGUCAUUUUUGCAGGUGGUCAGGCCUAUACAAUUCAGGGACAAUACGCUAUUCCACACCCGGAUCAGUUGACCAAGCUCCACCAGUUGGCUAUGCAGCAAACCCCCUUUACUCCCCUUGGACAGACCACCCCCGCUUUCCCUGGAGAAAAGCUGCCCUUACAUUCCUCCGAAGAAGCUCAAAAUCUGAUGGGCCAAUCAUCAGGUUUGGAUGCCAGUCCCCCGGCCAGUACUCAUGAACUCACCAUUCCCAAUGAUCUAAUAGGCUGCAUAAUCGGACGCCAAGGGACCAAAAUCAAUGAAAUUCGGCAGAUGUCGGGAGCGCAGAUCAAAAUCGCCAACGCCACGGAAGGGUCAUCGGAGCGCCAAAUUACCAUCACAGGAACCCCUGCAAACAUCAGCCUCGCUCAGUACCUCAUCAACGCCAGGCUGACGUCUGAGGUCACUGGAAUGGGCGCACUCUAA